UCUGGAUUUUGCAGAUAGUACUGUAGUAUGUUUAGGGCUUAAGUUUUGUAAACUUAGAGGAAGUCUAAAGACUUCUGCAGAUUAGAGCAAACAUACGUCAGUAGUCAAUACACAUCCAUAAAUUUAGUCUGACAUGCCAACUUGCAAUUUUCCGAGUCAACAUGAAUGAUUCCAUGAUGGAUGCCAAUAAUGCUGCUGUAUGCUCAGUUGAAAUGACAAAUAUGAGUCCUACUAGCAAUAAUUGUGUGGAAAUGUCACCAUUGCCUUCGAUUAAAGAUGCUGGGGCCGAGGAUCAGAAAGAACUUUUAAUGAAAAAACUGGAACAAUGUUGUGUGAUGUUUGACUUCUCUGAUGUUAUAUCCGAUAUUCAGGCAAAAGAUGUGAAGCGUGCCACAUUGAAUGAACUGAUUGAUUUUGUAUCCCUAUCGACUGGUGCAUUAACUCCAGAUGUAUACCCAAAGACAAUUGAUGUGAUUUCUCUGAACUUAUUUCGGCCUCUGCCUCCGACUGAUAAUCAAGUGUAUGAUGUUGAUGAAAAUGAUCCUUUUCUUGAUGCUUCAUGGCCACAUCUACAAUUGGUAUAUGAGUUCUUUCUGAGAGUAUUGGAAUCACCAGAAUUUAAAGCACCUAUAGCAAAACAAUACGUCGACCAGAAAUUCAUGCUGCAGUUAUUGGAAUUGUUUCGAAGUGAAGAUCCAAGAGAGAGAGAAUUUCUGAAAACAGUACUUCACAGAAUUUAUGGAAAAUUCCUGGGUUUGCGGCUAUUUAUCAGAAGACAAUUCAACAAUAUUUUCCUCACAUAUGUUUAUGAAAACGAGGAGUUUGCAGGAUUACCAGAGCUGUUGGAAAUAUUAGGAAGCAUUAUAAAUGGAUUUGCAGUCCCACUCAAAAAUGAACAUAAGCAAUUUCUGGUCAAAGUCCUUAUACCUCUCCAUAAAACGAGAACUCUGGCUCUUUAUCAUGCACAGCUGACAUAUUGUGUGAUACAGUUUCUGGAGAAAGAUUCAACACUAACAAGCCAAGUGGUGCAUGGCAUACUUAAAUAUUGGCCACAGACAUGUAGCGCAAAAGAAGUCAUGUUUGUUGGUGAGAUUGAAGAAAUUUUAGACAUAAUUGAACCUUCGCAGUUCUCUUGUAUACAUAGAGAAUUAUUUCAACAAUUAUCUCGCUGUUUGGCUAGUCCUCAUUUCCAGGUAGCAGAACGAACACUGUAUCUCUGGAACAAUGAGUAUAUUCUUGGUCUGAUCGAAGAGCAUUCUUCAACUAUUCUGCCUCUUAUUUUUUCAAGUCUUUACCAAAUAUCAAAGCAUCAUUGGAAUGCGACAAUAGUUGCACUUGUUUAUAAUGUUUUGAAAACAUUCAUGGAGAUGAAUGGACAAUUGUUUGACAAACUUACUGCUUCAUACAAAGCGGAAAGACAAAAGGAACAGAAGCGAUUGAGUGAGAGAGAAGAUCUGUGGAAAAAAGUUGAUGCUUUAUGCUCACGGAAAAAAUUGUCACAAAUCAAUGAAUAGCACAAAAGUAUUAAGAUGUAUUUACAUUCUUUAUCUUUAAUUAUUUUUUUGUACAUUUUUAGUUUUAAAUCGUGUUUUAUAUUGUUAAUUUUUAGUCAUAUUUGAUCGAUGCGAACACAUUUUUCUAAUCUAGUUUGCUGCUUGUACAGCCUGCUCAUUGUUGUGAGAUUUUUUAGUUGCUUUUAUACACAUUGUUCAGAAAUAUAUCAUGGUUCACACAAGUAUUAAA